CAAAUUUGACACUGACAUAAAACGAUCGUGAUCGAUUUGUUUGGCAUUGUAUUUCUGAACGACCGAUUUGCGUAGUUAUUCACGAAUUUUGAAAAAAGCUGUACAAAUUACAAAUCAAUAAAGCUAAUUUUAUAAGAAGUCUAUUUACAGACGUAGAGGCUAACAGUUAUGAACCUACAAAGAGCUUUCCAGCGAGUUUACGGCGUCUUGUUGAACACUAAUGUGAACACGGCAGCACCAUGUUGUUAUUCAGUCCGCCUAAAACACACAAAAGAAGAGGUAAACGAGCACAGGGCUAAGGUGAUGGCUAAAGGGCUACCAGAAAGGAAACCCUUGCCAGGAGUGAAGAGCAUCAUUCUAGUUGCAUCAGGAAAAGGAGGGGUCGGGAAGACCACCACUGCUGUGAAUCUCGCAUGUGCCAUGAAAGUGAUAGAGCCUGAUAAGGAGAUUGGUCUCUUGGAUGCUGAUGUAUUUGGUCCAUCAGUGCCCCUGAUGAUGAACAUCAGUGGGGAGCCCAUGCUGAAUGAUGAUCACCUGAUUGAGCCGCUAUUGAACUAUGGUGUCAAAUGUAUGUCAAUGGGCCUGCUAGUAUCUGGUGAAAAUGCUGUGGUAUGGCGGGGGCUGAUGGUGAUGCAGGCGCUGGACAGACUGACGAGACACGUGGCGUGGGGGCCGUUAGACUGCCUCGUGGUCGACACCCCGCCCGGCACUGGAGACACACAUCUAUCACUUGCACAGAACUUGCCAAUAGAUGGAGCAUUAGUAGUGACCACACCCCAGUCAGCAGCCCUACAAGUCACGAAAAGAGGAGUGAAUAUGUUUGAGAAACUAAAAGUUCCUAUUGUCGGCAUGGUGGAAAACAUGUCACACGCCAUUUGUUACAAAUGUGGCACGAAGAAUUUUGUUUUUGGUAACGACACUAAACAAACCGCAGACCAAAUGGGACUCGAAAUAAUCGAGAGCUUCGAAGUGGAUCAUAACAUGUCAGAGUGCAUAAAUAGCGGCAAGCCAGCGAUAUACGCUCUGCCCGACAGCAUACACGCAGAGAAAUAUAGACAGCUAGCCAACAAAGUGUUCAAAUAUAUAGAAACUAAGGACAAAGAACGAGCAAAGGCGAAAGAAUAGACGCACAAUGUGUUGUGUUCACCUGUAGAUGUCCAAUUAAUAUAAUUAUACAAACAAAUUAUACAAAGAAUAAAUGUUUUACACAACUAAGCGAAUCGUUUUUCAUUUAUAAUGUUACUAUGCAACAUAACAAUAGUGAGUACAAUGAACUCGUAUCCUUCAAUGGUGGGUCUUAUAUGAGAAACAAUGUAAACAGUUUACAAAUAAAACAUUUUUAUUAUAUAAAAAUUUAUUCGGACCAAUCUUUUCAGGAAUCUUUAUAACUAUGGCCAAACUGAAACUUAAGAAAAUAAAUAAAAAAUAAUACAAAAAUAUGUGUCUUUUAAAUACUUUUGAUAAAUCAAAUAAUUAUUUUGUAUAUGACUACAUUUUAUUAUUUCGUUAGGUAGAUGAAACACAAAUCUUCGAAUUGUGAUACCAAAGUUUCACUUAUGGCUACUGGAAUAUUCAAAUUCAUAAAAAGAGCAUUUGUGUUUACAAUCAAAGAUCUGUAGUCUGUUAUUCAGUCAGUAAGUACAAAAUAGAUAUAAUUUCAUAUAAAUAUUUAUAUUGAAUAACAACAAUUAGAAACAAAAUGGAAUGAAAAAUGUAACGCGUUAAGAGCAUGAAAGCAGGAGUGGUUCAGUCUGAGUAGAUACACUUAAAGGCAAAGGAGAGGAUCGCUAAGAAAAUAUCACGUCUACGCGGGAAGGAAGGGUUUAUGGUUUGGCACGCUUGAGCGCAGCAUUGAUUGGAGUGCUACAGACAUGCGCCCGACUCACAUCGCAAACUGAUUGUUUGCGUCGCAGGGACGCAUUGUGAUGCCUCGUGUUGCAACUUGUGAAUAUUUCUACUUGCGUUCUUACAACUCGUCAACAUAGCUAGCUCACAUCAUCUCAAGUACGCGCUUUUAAAAUAUUGGGAAAAA